AUGACCUGUGCCGCCACAUCUAGAGGUUGUGGAGUUAGUACAGCGUGCGCACCGUCAGCGCCAGCGAUCGCGAGCACACCUGGUGUUGUCUCGUCUGCAAGCACACCAAGUCGCCAUAUCACCGCAGGGGAGAUAGAGGAACUGAAGAAGAAGAAAGAGGAGCGCGCAGAGAAGAAGCAACAACGAAAGGAGGUUCGAGACGAGGCAAAGGCAGAUACCAAGGCCAAGCUCCCGGAUACGACUAGCAAGAAGGCUAAGCUUCGGCUGUACAUCACCUUGCUCAAGCUCAGCUCCGGCGACUGUGGCGGCGGCGACUCGGGAAGCUAUUCCAUACCGCAAGGUAUCGACGCCCCUCGAUUGACACCCGAACAGCAGGCCGCAAAGGAAGCCCAGAGGAAGCGCUACAAAGAGGAGUGCGCGCUUGACAAAGCGCACAGUGAAAAGAGGGCAAAAGAGAUCAAGGCGGAGCGCCACGAGGCGACUAAGCUGAAGAGGAAGAUCCGCUUGACCAUUUCGCUGCUCCGGGUCAAGAUUCUUGGCGCGCCUCGAGACGACUGA